UUAAAUAUUAUUGAAAUACAAGAAAGGUCGAUGGCGUGUUUUGUGGGGAAGUGAAAUGAAAGCUUAAAUAGGUAUUUUUGUAAUUCGUGCUUAAUUAAUUUUAAAAAUGUCAGUGAAAUGGACUGGUAAUCAUAGUGAAACUGGAAUAUUAAGAAAAAGUGAUUUUAAAGAGAAGAAAGAAGAAUUAUUCGUGUUCGGCUAUUCGUGCAAACUGUUCAGGGAUGACGAUAAAGCCCUGCACAUUGAUCAAGGCAAACACCUCAUUCCGUGGAUGGGGGAUGAAACGUUGAAAAUCGACAGGUACGAUGCCAGGGGAGCGCUUCAUGAUCUGUCAACCUUGGAAGCCCCGCCUGGGGGCUACGACUGGCGUGUCGAGCUCACCAGGGCUGAACUGGAUGUGGAACAACUGUGUGAUGAGGAGAGGUACCGUGCCCUUCAUACUGAUGAAGACGAGGAAGAAAUGUAUAAAGAAGAAGAGUUAAAGCGUCUUCAUGCAGCUGGCUAUGGCCAGGUGGGCUUUAACUAUGAUACUCCAGCAGAAACAACAUCAGAAGCUCAAGCCGUCGAGGUGGAAGAACCCUUCGAACCAACAGCUGAAUUUAUAGCUUUGUUACCCGCGAACACAGUGCUUCCGGAAACUCAAAAGCAGAAUGCAAUUAUAGAGAAGACAGCUAAAUUCAUAGCUAGUCAGGGUGCUCAGAUGGAGAUCCUCAUCAAGGCGAAACAAGGGGACAACGCUCAGUUCAAUUUUUUGAACAAAGAUUCAUCCCUACAUCCAUAUUAUACAGCACUGAUUGCUUUAGUCAAAGCUGGGAAGUGGCCAGAGAAGAAAGCAGAAGCAGUGGAAGAAAAACAUGAUGCGAAUGAAGAUUAUCUACAUCCGAGCUUAGCUUCGACUAUAAUUGAAUCAGCGCCGUCCAUCCCGAGCAUCCACUACAAGCCGUCGGCGGACUGCGACUACACGCUGCUGAUCUCGCGCAUGCGCGGCGAGGCGGUGCCCGACGAGGCGUACGCGGCCGAGCUGGCGCCGGGCGAGGUGGCGCCGCCCGGCACGGAGCCGCUGCCGCCGCGCCCCACCAUCGCGCGCGCGCCCGUGCGCUACCGCGACGCGCCGCGCCCCACCGCUACGGGGAACCAAACUCUACAGCAACAGUACGCGGCCUACUAUAGCCAGUACGUGACUCAAGUGCAGACUCAGCCGGCUCCAGUCGAACCUCAGCCGAAGAAACCAGUUGUGACUACUACUAAGUCGACUGGCCUCAGUCUCAUGAAGAACUACAAUACGGAUAGUGACAGUGACGUCUCGGACUUCGACGACAGUUCCUCUUCGGACGGCAAAGAUAAACCAAUAAUCGUAACUCCGCCCGAUGACAUAAAGGUCGUGAUCGACAAGAUGGCGGCGUACGUUGCACGGAAUGGCGACAAGUUCGAAGAGAUAGUGCGCGCGAAAAACGAUCCCCGCUUCACGUUCUUAGAGCCUGAUAAUAUAUAUCAUCCGUUUUAUAGAAGGUUAAUGCAAGAAAAGAGAGGCGUAGAUGUCAACGGGAAGGAAAAGAAACAGAAGCAUGAUAAAGCCCCCGUAUCAUUUUCCAUAAAGAAACUAAAAGAACCCGAUCCGAUCUUACCGAAACCGGCUCUUCCCUACGAAUCGAGUUCAGAAGACGACGAAGCGGACAAAGAUGCAGAUAAACAAGAAGAAUCGCCAAAAGAAAUUCCGAAAACGAACAUACCACAGGGAUAUGCGGUUAAUAAUAUCCCGCCGGUGGUUGUGUACAAAAUGGAAGCGAUUCAAGUGAACAACCUGCCGUUAGUGAAAACGAUCGAACCGGCAGCUACUGUUGUACACAAACCGACAAUACCUGAAGUCAUAGAACCAUCACCGAAAGAAACUCAUCAAACAAAAGAACCGCUAAAAGUCGAAGACAAGCCAAUUGUAGAAAUCAAUCCAGUAAAAGUCGAAAUCAAAGAAGAAAAACCGCCGGAGAAAAAAGAAGAGAGAAUUAGGGAGAGCGAAAAGAGGAGCCCCAGCAGAGAUAGAAAGAAACACCGCGAUAGGAAGAAGGAAUAUCGUUCGGAACACAAAUCCGAACGCAAGGACAGGAGAGCCGAGAGGAACUCCGAAAAGGAGAAGGAAAGAGAACGGAAGAGAGAAAGAGACGUCGAGAGGAAUAACAGAGAAACGGAGAGAGACAAGAAGAGGAGGAGGCACAAGGAUGAGGUGGAAAAUGAGAUCAUAUCGUUGGAAGAUAACUCCGAUGAAAUGAUCGAUCUGACCGGCGAGCAGUCGGACUCAAAAGAAAUAGUCGAAACAAUGGGUGCGGCAACCCCGCGCGCAGCGGACGGCCCGGCGGCGCGCGGGCGGCGGCGGCGCGCGGCCGCCUUCCUGCGCGCGGCCGGCGUGCACCCCGCCGUGGCCGCGCUGCCCGCCACCUCGCUCGCCAGCGCCAUGGUGGACACGUUAGAGUCGCUUCGAAAAAAGAAAUCUGAGGAAGAAGAAAAGAGAAGGAGACGGGAUAAACGACGACGAAGAGACAAGAGAGACUACGAUGACGAAACCGAUAGACACAAGAAAAGUAAACGGAAGAAGAUCAGAUCAUCUGACGACGAAGAAUCGGAUUAUGAUGGUUCAAAGAAGAAAAAACGCAAAAAAGACAAGAAACACACAUCAAAGGGCAAGAAGAAGAGAAGAAAGGAGAUUGAAAUAAAGGAACCGGUACAGACCUUGAACAUAGAUCUAACAAACACGUUGAAGGAGCUUCGAAACGCCUCACCGACGAAAGAACUAGUCCUUCAGGACAUUGGAGAGAUUCCGAGCUCGACACGACAUGAGUCGGAGGAAGAGGAGGCGGGGAAGAUAAAGAGGAAGAAAGAGAGGGAGUACAGUGAGGGGGAAUGGUCGAGUGACAGUGGGGAGGACUCGCAUACGAGUGAAAACGAUUGAAUUAGGAGUAUUUUUGUAAUUGUAAUAUAUGUCUUAGUUCAUUCUUUAGUGUCGUAUUGAGAAAUUAUUGCGCAAAAUUAUUUGGUAAAUUUGUUUAUAAACAUUUGAAUUUAAUUAUGUUUU